AUUAGAGCUUGUCAGUUUUUAAGUCAAAAUGGCUCCUUUAACGAAACGACUUCCUAUUACUUCCUUCGCUAUUCUCCCGUACAAACAUACCUUAGUUGCGCAGGAACAUCCCUAUCACUUGCGUCUCUCUCUUUGACCCUCUUGACCUACUUCGUUUUCCCUUCACUUCGUAAGCAGGUCAGCAACUACCUCAUCAUGACGCUGUGUGGGACCCUUUUCCUAGCCCAGUGUCUUCUGAUGUUUGGUGGAAUGGUCAGUAAGGUUUCCCGGCAUCUGUGCACAGUUUUUGCUGUUGUCUCCCACUUCUCAUGGCUGAUGGUCUUCACUGUCUCCACGAUGAUCGCAUUGGAUCUCAGCCGGACCUUUGGGUCCCAUGGAACUAUAAGGAUAUCGACAGCAAAUCGCAAACUGCUUGUAAGUUACCUAUCAUUCGCCACUGGAGUGCCGUUCUUGAUUGUGGGCAUCACUCUAACGCUAAGCAGCCUUCUUGGAGAGGACAUCGGUUUGCGUUAUGGUGACCAAUCCUCUUGCUGGGUCGGAGAUGGACGUGCCAACCUCUUUGUGUUUGGGAUUCCUGUUCUUGUCUUGCUGUGUCUGAACCUGUUCCUUUUCGCGAAGACGAUCCGGGGUAUUGCUCGAAGCAAAAAGAUCGGUAUGACCCUUCACGAGGGAAAGAAGGUUUCCAGUUACGCUCAAGAACUUCUCAAGAUUGCUAUCAAGGUCUCUUCUAUAAUGGGAUUCACGUGGCUGUUUGGCUUUGUAGCUGCCUUCAGCAAACAGGAAGCCCUCUGGUUCAUCUUCAUCAUCCUCAACGCUUUUCAAGGUGUGUACAUCUUUCUGGCUUUCACGGCUACGCGAAGAGUUUCCCACAUGUGGCGGGACCUCCUGCUCAAGAAGUUAUACGGCAGGCGAUCCGACGUCCGAUCUGACAUGCGGCUGCGAGCGAAGUCAGAACCGAGCUCUGUUCAAACUCUAUCUGUAUAAUUCAUUUGAUCCAUUUUAAGAGAUGGUGGCAGACA